GGCGGGCCCGCCCAGCUGUCAGUUACGGGGGCCGCCCGGCGGGCGGGCAGGAGGCGCUCGCAGGCUGCCUAGUCGUUUGCUCGCUCUCUCUCGCGUGCUCCCUCUCGCCGCCUGUGGGGAAGUCGGGGCCGCCCGAGCGGCCGCAGCCACCGCCUCGCCCCGACCUCCUUCCCAGUCCCCUCCCGGCCCAGUCCCUCCCGCCCGCGCACCCCGAGUAGUGAGUGGCCCCGCGCAGGGUUUGGAGAGUCACCGAGGCGGCGCCGGGUGGUGGUUAAACCAUGUUAAGGAGGAUUUUACAGAGGACUCCUGGGAGAGUUGGCUCUCAAGGUUCUGAUUUAGAUUCAUCAGCAACUCCUAUAAACACAGUGGAUGUCAAUAAUGAAAGCUCUUCAGAGGGUUUCAUAUGUCCUCAGUGCAUGAAAUCUCUUGGAUCUGCUGAUGAACUUUUCAAACAUUAUGAAGCUGUUCAUGAUGCUGGUAAUGACUCAGGUCAUGGAGGAGAGUCUAAUCUUGCUUUGAAGCGAGAUGAUGUAACACUGCUCAGACAAGAGGUCCAAGACCUACAGGCUUCACUUAAGGAAGAAAAAUGGUACUCGGAAGAAUUAAAGAAGGAAUUAGAAAAAUAUCAAGGGCUGCAGCAGCAAGCUAAACCUGAUGGGUUGGUGACUGAUUCAUCAGCAGAACUACAGUCUUUGGAACAGCAAUUAGAAGAAGCCCAAACAGAAAAUUUUAAUAUUAAGCAAAUGAAAGACUUAUUUGAACAGAAAGCAGCCCAACUUGCUACUGAAAUUGCAGAUAUAAAGUCAAAGUAUGAUGAAGAAAGGAGUCUCCGAGAAGCUGCUGAACAAAAAGUGACACAUAUGACAGAAGAAUUAAACAAAGAGGCAACUGUAAUUCGAGAUCUGAAGACGGAACUGCUUCAGAGACCUGGUAUAGAAGAUGUUGCUGUGCUAAAGAAGGAACUGGUGCAAGUUCAAACACUAAUGGAUAAUAUGACCUUGGAACGUGAGCGAGAAUCUGAAAAACUCAAAGAUGAAUGCAAAAAAUUACAGUCACAAUAUGCUAGCUCAGAGGCCACAAUAAGCCAGCUAAGGAGUGAACUUGCCAAAGGCCCCCAGGAAGUUGCUGUAUAUGUACAGGAACUACAAAAACUGAAAAGUUCACUUAAUGAAUUAACACAAAAAAAUCAGACCUUGACAGAAAACUUGCUAAAAAAAGAACAAGACUAUACUAAGUUAGAGGAGAAACAUAAUGAAGAAUCUGUGAGUAAAAAGAAUAUUCAGGCAACCCUUCAUCAAAAAGACCUAGAUUGUCAGCAGCUUCAAUCAAGAUUGUCUGCAUCUGAAACCUCACUGCAUAGAAUACAUGCAGAACUAAGUGAAAAAGGAGAAGCUACUCAAAAGCUCAAAGAAGAAUUAUCUGAGGUAGAGACCAAGUACCAGCAUCUAAAGGCGGAGUUUAAGCAGCUACAACAACAGAGAGAAGAAAAGGAGCAGCAUGGGUUACAACUCCAAAGUGAAAUUAAUCAAUUACAUAGCAAACUUCUGGAGACAGAGCGCCAACUAGGGGAAGCUCAUGGUAGGCUGAAGGAACAGAGACAGCUUUCAAGUGAAAAGUUGAUGGAUAAAGAACAACAAGUGGCUGAUUUACAACUCAAACUUUCUCGGUUAGAAGAGCAGUUGAAGGAAAAAGUUACAAAUUCUACAGAAUUGCAGCAUCAAUUAGAUAAAACAAAGCAACAGCAUCAAGAACAACAGGCUCUUCAGCAAAGCACCACGGCAAAACUUCGAGAAGCUCAGAAUGAUUUGGAACAAGUUCUACGUCAAAUUGGCGAUAAGGACCAAAAGAUCCAGAACCUUGAAGCUUUAUUACAGAAGAGUAAAGAAAAUAUUUCAUUACUAGAAAAAGAAAGAGAAGAUCUUUAUGCAAAAAUUCAGGCUGGUGAAGGAGAGACUGCUGUUCUUAACCAGUUACAAGAAAAAAACCAUACACUACAGGAGCAAGUAACUCAACUAACAGAGAAGCUGAAGAAUCAGUCAGAAAGCCACAAACAAGCCCAGGAGAAUUUGCAUGACCAGGUACAAGAGCAGAAGGCACAUCUUAGAGCUGCACAAGACCGUGUGCUUUCUCUAGAAACCAGUGUCAAUGAAUUAAAUAGUCAAUUAAAUGAAAGCAAGGAGAAGGUCUCCCAGCUUGACAUACAGAUUAAAGCCAAAACCGAACUGUUGCUAUCAGCAGAAGCGGCAAAAACUGCCCAAAGAGCUGAUCUUCAGAAUCAUUUGGACACAGCUCAAAAUGCAUUACAAGAUAAACAGCAGGAGUUAAAUAAGAUUACUACUCAGUUGGAUCAGGUCACUGCAAAGUUACAAGACAAGCAAGAACAUUGCAGUCAGCUGGAAAGUCAUCUUAAAGAAUAUAAAGAGAAACACCUCUCUUUAGAACAGAAAACUGAAGAGCUAGAAGGUCAAAUUAAGAAACUAGAAGCUGAUAGUCUCGAAGUUAAAGCAAGCAAGGAGCAGGCUUUGCAAGAUCUACAACAGCAAAGACAGCUGAACACAGAUUUAGAGCUUAGAGCCACAGAAUUGAGUAAACAACUUGAAAUGGAGAAAGAAAUAGUAUCCAGUACAAGAUUGGAUCUACAGAAAAAAUCUGAAGCCCUUGAAAAUAUCAAGCAAAAGCUUACCAAGCAAGAGGAAGAAAAAAAAAUCCUGAAACAAGAAUAUGAAACUUUAAGUCAAGAAGCAAAGAUUCAGCACGAGGAAUUGAAUAACAGAAUUCAAACAACAGUAACAGAACUACAAAAAGUAAAAAUGGAGAAAGAAGCUUUAAUGACAGAGCUUUCUACAGUAAAGGAGAAACUAUCAGAAGUUUCUGAUUCUUUGAAAAACUCCAAAAGUGAAUUUGAAAAGGAGAAUCAGAAAGGAAAAGCUGCUAUAUUAGACUUGGAGAAAACUUGCAAAGAAUUAAAGCAUCGACUUCAAGUGCAGAUGGAGAACACACUUAAGGAACAGAAGGAACUGAAAAAGUCACUUGAAAAAGAGAAGGAGGCUUCUCAUCAGUUGAAAUUGGAACUCAAUUCAAUGCAGGAACAACUUAUACAGGCCCAGAAUACUUUAAAACAAAAGGAAAAAGAAGAGCAACAACUUCAGGAGAACAUAAAUGAGCUAAAGCAAUCAAGUGAACAGAAGAAAAAACAAAUUGAAGCACUCCAAGGAGAGCUUAAAAUUGCUGUUUUACAGAAGACAGAGCUUGAGAAUAAACUACAGCAGCAGUUAACACAGGCAGCCCAGGAACUUGCUGCAGAGAAAGAGAAAAUGUCAGUAUUACAAAACAACUAUGAAAAAAGUCAGGAAACUUUCAAACAGCUUCAAUCUGAUUUCUAUGGGAAGGAAUCUGAACUUCUAGCCACCAGGCAAGAUCUUAAGUCCAUAGAAGAGAAGCUUUCUCUAGCACAGGAGGACUUGAUUUCAAACAGAAAUCAAAUUGGAAAUCAAAAUAAAUUGAUUCAAGAACUGAAGACUGCCAAGGCUACAUUGGAGCAGGAUUCAGCAAAGAAAGAACAGCAAUUGCAGGAGCAAUAUAAAGCACUACAAGACAUUCAGAAAGAAAAGUCACUGAAAGAAAAAGAACUAGUAAAUGAAAAGUCUAAAUUGGCAGAGAUAGAAGAAAUUAAAUGUAGACAAGAAAAAGAAAUCACUAAACUAAAUGAAGAACUCAUGUCCCACAAACAAGAAAGCAUAAAGGAGAUAACAAAUCUUAAGGAUGCUAAACAGCUUCUAAUUCAGCAGAAAUUAGAACUUCAAGGAAAAGCAGACUCCCUGAAGGCAGCUGUUGAACAGGAGAAGAGAAAUCAGCAGAUACUAAAAGACCAGGUGAAAAAGGAAGAAGAGGAAAUGAAGAAAGAAUUUAUUGAGAAAGAAGCUAAGUUGCAUUCUGAAAUAAAAGAAAAGGAAGUAGGAAUGAAGAAGCAUGAAGAAAAUGAGGCUAAACUUACCAUGCAGAUUACAGCAUUAAAUGAAAACUUAGGCACUGUGAAGAAGGAGUGGCAAUCUAGUCAACGGAGAGUUAGUGAGCUCGAGAAACAAACGGAUGACUUACGGGGUGAAAUUGCAGUAUUAGAAGCAACGGUUCAGAAUAAUCAAGAUGAAAGGAGAGCACUACUGGAAAGAUGUCUUAAAGGAGAAGGUGAAAUAGAAAAGCUUCAAACCAAAGUAUUAGAAUUGCAAAGAAAGCUGGAUAAUACAACUGCAGCAGUACAGGAGCUGGGCAGAGAAAACCAAUCACUUCAGAUCAAACAUACACAAGCAUUGAAUAGAAAGUGGGCCGAAGACAAUGAAGUACAAAACUGUAUGGCCUGUGGGAAAGGCUUUUCAGUAACAGUGAGACGGCAUCACUGCCGACAGUGUGGAAAUAUCUUCUGUGCUGAAUGUUCAGCCAAAAAUGCCUUAACUCCUUCUUCCAAGAAGCCUGUUCGUGUCUGUGAUGCAUGUUUCAAUGACUUGCAAGGAUAAUGGGUUAUCACAACUUCAGAGUAAUAUUACACUAACAUUAGAUUUUUAAUAAAUGUACUUAAUAGAGGUCUUGGACUACUAUUUGGUUUGGACAUUGGUUGCAAUACUAGACCAAAUAGGAAUUAGUAUAUUUUGGAAUGUUAUGGAUAUCAAGUAAAACUCUUCUAUUUUUGUGAGACUUGGCCUUAUCAUCUUUCAUUACUUUUUUCCCAUUUAGCCCCUGGAAUAGCUUUCAUGCCAAGUUUAGAAUUAGCCAAUGAAAUGUAAAUAAACUUUGGACAGAAAAUAGCAAUGUAUUUUUUUAAUAUAAUUUCAUUAUUCACAAAUGAAGAAUGCAAUUCCAUAGCUUACUUCUUUCUCCUAAAUUUAAUGUACAAAAAUGUACAUGGAUGAUAUCACUUGUUGCUGUUUUUGUUGCACAAUAGCACAUUAAUUAUAUUAAAUAUUCUCUUUGUGAAGUUAUGCACAGAACUGUAACAUUUCCUCUACCCUUUUCUCUUAUAUGUAGGUUCAUAGCUCAGUUGCAUUGUUAUGUUAUGAAUUUACUACUUGAGUGUUCUCAAUACAGUUAUCUCAAAAUAUGUAGUAACCAUGAAUUCAAAAAUGGUUUUUGUUUUAACAAUAUUAAUUAAAUUUUCUUGGGUGGAUUUUAUAAAAACCGGUGUAAAAUCAAUUUGCUUACUUAUGGUUAUCUGGGGUUGUAUUUCAAAGAAUAGGGUUAAUUUUUCUUUUUGUCUUUUUCUGUCUCUUUCUUAAACUCCCACAUAUUGUCCAUUUAGAAUCUUAGAAAGCUUCUUACCCUAGCCCUCAGUUGGAGGAUGAAUAAUAAACAUUGUAUAAUGUUCUUAUUCUCAGUUUCUUGUAAGUGGGAAGUUUUUUGAGAUCAGCCUUCAUAUCAUACCCUUAUUUUGUCUCUCUAGCAUCUUCAGGAACCUGAGUUUGCUUUUUAUAUAGAUCUGAUUUUUUCCUUUAUUUGGUUUAACCUUUUCAAGCAUAGGUCAGCUUCAUGUAUUUGUUUUAUAAUUUUGCAUCUUAAAGCUAGUAACUAAUAUUGCUGUGGUCUUAUUGGUGAAAACAAAAUAUAAAAUGGUAAGAAGACAUUAAAUAUUUUACUUUCUAUUUUUAUUCCCUAUCGGGAAGAAUUUUUAAAAGUUGUAAAAUUGACUUAAAGUUAAAAAUGGUUCUGAAUUUGGUAUUCCAUAUCAACUGUUCCCAAUUUUACUGUUGUGAAAUUCCCUUUAAGUAACUAACACCUAGAAAUAGAGCGUCACCAAAACAAAUAUAUUUAGGAAUCCCAGAGUUACAAUAAAAACUAAAACAGCAUGGCUAAGCACCGUAAGGAUAAUUAAGAAUUAGCUUAUUUGUAUGCUGAACAAUGGGAUCGAACUUUAAUUUAGCAUAGUCUUAUUAAUUUGGAAAAUUGUAAAACAUCUCAAGAGAGAAGUUAUUAAUAUUGGUUUGUUAAUCUUUCUAGAGAAGAAAUGUAGUUAUACAUUCAUUCAGUGCAAUCAUUUUAUAACAGUAGUUAAUAUUUCAUUUAUACUAGUUUAUAAUAUACAUUUGCUUUCAAAUAUUCUGAAAUGAAAUUAUAUUUAUGCUAUACCUACAAUUGUAUGUAAAUUGAAAGAGAUCACUACGUAUUUGUUUAAUUAUUUAAAAAAAAUUUUAAGUAAACCCUGUUGUCAUUAGCUAUUAAGAACAUCGAUUAAGUUCCUGGACUUGGAUAAACAUAUAUCCUUGAGCAUAUAUAAUGAAGAAAUACAGUGGCUCUUUAUUAAAAAUAAUAGUUGGAUAAUAUAAACUGAACUAUUUAUGCAGUUUUAUAUACUUAUAAAUCCUUCCAAAUAGUUUUAAUUCUAUAAUUUUACAUAUAAAUAACUUAAUAAGUGUGCUGGAAAAACCUUCCAAAUAGUUUUAAUUCUAUAAUUUUACAUAUAAAUAACUUAAUAAGUGUGCUGGAAAAACACAGAUGUUCACAGCACCACUGUUCUUUUUUUUUUUUUUUUUUGGAGAUAAUAAAAUUCCAUGAGAAAUCUGGGUUUGAAUAUUUGUUCACUUUGUCUCCUAAUUGGACACCCUCCAGGCCUUCUGUCUGUCUCCCCUUUACCCCCACAUAUUCACAAAAAAAUUGUAAGACAAGUAACCAUAUAUAGGUGUUUGAAUGAUUUUCUCAUUUUUAUCUAACUAAUUUCAUUUCAUAAGUCCCAAGUAAUUUACCUACCAUAGACUACUAUACUGAUAAUAUAAAUGAAACCCAACAUUUUUUGCUACGAACUCUCCCCAAUUUAAUGUGUUUUGAAAACAAAAAUUUUAAUUUUUUUCCUUUUAAUUAAAAAGUCAUCUUUGAAGUCCUUAUUGGCUGUACAUUUUACAUGUUUGCUGGUACUAUUAUUUGUCAGUGAGUUAGAGCUGGCAUGUACUGCUCUUGGCUUUAAUGAAAAGCACAUUGACAUAAUGUUAGUAAAUUCCAAACCCCGGCACAGAAUGUGAGUUAAAAUUAAGUCUUGCUGGGUUAGUGUACAAUAAACUAUACCUACAGACUUUUUUUUAAUAGAAAGAAGACAAAGCUGCUGGUAUAUGAUUUGUUCCUUUGAAGAAAAAAUGAGGGAAACAAACACAAAAACCUCAAUGCAGUGUAUAAAUAACAUUUUGUUCAACUACCUCUUAAUGUGGAAUUAUCUACUUUAAUAGUUUCCUGACAGUAAUGUUAAAUAGUAACUGCCAAAUUUGUUAUUUUCUCAUCUCUUAAAAAGUCUUUAUGAUUAUUUUAUAUAGUUUUGAGAACUUUAAAGCCACUUUUUUUUAACCUUACAUUUGCAUAAAAAUGUUUAGCUUUUAAGUAGAGAGCAAAUUAUGAUCUUAUAUUUUGAUAUUCAUGACCUAUUUGACUAUAGGAGUUUUUUUUAAAAAAAAUGCACUUUGGCUGUAAAACCAUGGAUGAUUUGAUCCAUAAAAUUUAAAUGUGCCACCAUUAUAGUAUUCCUAGACAUGAGCUUGAUGAAUGGUAUUCUGUAAUUAUCACGUGCCACACAUUAUCAUGUCUUAAUUGCCCUUAGCCCGAAUUUUAAUGAUCAAUUUGUUAUUGUUGCAGAUGUGAAUAUUGUGCAUAAACUUACUAAAUUGAUGUAAAAUUGUAUAAAAUAGAAUUAGAAGUCACUAAGUUCUUUCUGUGUAGAAGUACUAAAUUUAUUGUAACACAAUGCAGUUGUGUAUAUGAUAUUCUAUAAUUUCUUGAACUGGAUCAUAUAUUCAUAACUUCUGUAGAUACUUCUGCAUGAACAUUUUCUCAUUUAGUUUUUGGGUUCAUUAUUUGUACUGUGUUUACUACUUGUGAUCAUGUAGUUGUGCCUUAUUUUGUGAGAAAGAUUAGCUCAGUAAAUACUGCAAUUUCUAAACUCAGUGAUUGGAAGGUUAUUAAUUAUAAAUGUAACUGAUAAAGUACACAACAGCAUUUAAAUCUGUAUAAAGAACAGUGGAAAGAUCCUUAUUGAAUUGUUGCUUUUGUUUUUUUAAUAUGUUUAAAUAUUAUAUUAAAAAACAUUUCUUUCUAAACUA